CCUUUUUUUUACUUACAGUCUCAGUACUACAGUACUUCACCAGAAGUAUUAUCGGGAAAGACGACGACGACGGUAAGAGCCAUCUCUCUCUCUCUAGCUUCUGCUACUACUCUUAACGAAGAAGAUUAUCCUUCUCAUGGCUUCACUAAUCAACACUACAGUCUCCUCCUUACUCUUAUCUAACUCCAAGUCCAUUCGCUUUACCACUUCACUUACUAAGACGCCAAUUUCACUCUCCUUCGCUCAUCGGAGACUGACGGUUAGAGCUACAGGCACUGAGAAAGAAAGUGGAGUUAAACCUCAGGUGCCGGAUAAAGCCCCUGUUGAUGGUGGAUCCAGCUUUAAUCAGAUCCUCGGCAUCAAAGGAGCUAAACAAGAGAAGGAUAUAUGGAAGAUCCGAGUUCAACUUACAAAACCUGUUACCUGGCCUCCAUUGAUUUGGGGAGUAGUUUGUGGUGCUGCUGCUUCUGGAAAUUUUCAUUGGACGCCAGAGGAUGUCGCCAAAGCAGUUGUAUGCAUGCUAAUGUCUGGUCCUUGCCUGACUGGAUAUACACAGACAAUCAAUGAUUGGUAUGAUAGGGAUAUUGAUGCUAUUAAUGAACCUUAUCGUCCCAUUCCAUCAGGUGCCAUAUCCGAGGAUGAGGUCAUUACCCAAAUAUGGGUGCUGCUUCUAGCAGGUCUUGGAUUGGCUGGUAUUUUGGAUAUUUGGGCAGGGCAUACCGUCCCUAUAAUAUUUUACCUUGCUUUGGGUGGAUCCUUGGUCUCUUAUAUUUAUUCAGCACCACCUUUAAAGCUUAAACAGAAUGGCUGGACUGGAAAUUUUGCUUUAGGAGCUAGCUAUAUUAGUUUACCUUGGUGGGCUGGUCAAGCUCUGUUUGGAACACUUACACCCGAUAUAAUCGUCCUUACUCUCUUAUAUAGCAUAGCGGGGUUGGGCAUUGCCAUUGUAAAUGACUUUAAAAGUGUCGAAGGAGAUAGAGCAAUGGGACUUCAGUCACUUCCAGUGGCGUUCGGUUCUGAGACUGCCAAGUGGAUCUGCGUUGGUGCUAUUGAUAUAACUCAGAUUUCAGUUGCUGGUUAUCUGCUUGGUGCUGACAAGCCAUAUUAUGCAUUGGCUUUAUUGGGAUUGAUAGUUCCACAAGUAUUUUUCCAGUUCAAAUAUUUCCUUAAAGACCCGGUCAAAUACGAUGUCAAAUACCAGGCUAGCGCUCAGCCAUUCCUCAUUCUUGGUCUCUUGGUUACUGCCUUAGCCACUAGCCACUGAAAGUCUGAAUGUUUCUCGCCUUUGAUUCCUGCUUUCUAAAGCACACAACUAUUGAAGAAUCAAUGGGAUUCGGUUUCGUAUUUCUUGCCAAGAACACAAUGGAGCACUGGUGGAGUUUAGGUCAGUUCUGGCUGUUGUUUUGAAUAGAAUUGAUCAGUUUUUCGGUUUUGUGUGGUUUUGGUUUUGAGAUCGGUAGGUGAUAUAAAAUAAAUUGCAUGCAAAAAUCAAUUAAAGUUUAAUGAGAAACCUGGUCAGUGCA